AUGACAUCUCGCAUAGGUGCAAUUUUGCUUGUUCUGGGUCUCGCGGCCGCCUGCGACAUCCCGGGAACCCCACUAGGGGACAACAUCACCGAAGGUUUCGGCAUCCUGGUCCAGAGUCCCGACUAUGAAGUCGUCAACAACCGAUUUUUGAACCUCUGGUCCGCUGGUGGCGGGGACCAGCAUCUGUAUCUCAGCCCUGCAGGUGACUCUGUUUUUGACCUUGUUCUGAACCAAGGUUUCUUGCAGACAGGCGCUCUGACUGCCGUUAUAAAUGGAGAAUAUGAGUUGGCUGAUAACACGACGAAAAUGUUCAUGACAAGCCGGGGCGACCCCCGCGCCGUCUUCAAACCUACGUACCGCUGCGACCCGGAUACUGACGAUCUCCAAGUCAUGCUGGCGUUUUCGAUGCGACAAGAAAGCCCUGCUGGAGGACAUAUAUGCGUCCGAUCAGCGUCCGACAACAGAUAUGAGUUCCGUUAUUCGCCCCCAAACAACCCGGCCUUCACGCCUGACAGGCCAUGCAUGCCGGUCACCAUGAUUGUCGACCGGUCUGGCGCAGGCUCCUCUCCAACUGGCAGCGCAACGAGAACGUCAACCACGGUCAGCGCCACUGCAACGGCUACAUCGGUACCGGAUGCCUUCACCGACCUCACGGAAGAAGGGUUUGCCUUUAUAGGGUGUGCCCCGGAAGAGAGGAGAGUCGAGGACGGCCUGGGACGGACGUUGACUGAUGCAGUCUUGUACAAUGAUACAAUGACCAAUGAGAUCUGUGUCAAGUAUUGCGCGUCGCAGAGUCUGAAAUAUGCCGGGACAGAGUACAGCCGAGAGUGCUGGUGCGGCAACUCCUAUCCGCCGACGCGUGAGCCCGAGACAACUGUCGAGAGUCUGUCUUCAUGCAAUUUUCAAUGCGGAGGGGACGCGAGCGAGAUAUGCGGCGGUGACAGCUGGCUCAGCCUCUAUGAGUCUUGUGGUGAUGCUUCUUCUUGCACCAAUGCUAAGUUUAUAUAG